CAACAUUCGACAUCACUAUAGUCUAAUGAUGACCAAUGUGUGCCAUUUGCAACAUUAAACCGUGAUCCACGCUACAAAGUUGGGUUGAGACUCGUCGAAGUAAAGCUAAUAACACUGUUCAAGAUUUUAUAACAACACAAGAAAGUAUGACUCCCAGCUAUCAAGUUGUCGAUGGAUUCAGGAUUGCUAAAGCUUUUUCGCCAGACACUUUUCGCAAAGCCCUUUCUUAUAAACCGAGAAACGAUGAUUUAUUUAUUGUAACAUUUCCUAAAUGCGGAACAACGUGGACGCAGCAUAUCGUAAUCAACAUUCUUAAAAGGGGAAUCCCACCAGAAACUUUCAAAGAAUUUCAAAGGCUUAGUCCUUUCCUUGAUAUUACAGGACCUGGUGUUGUAGAAACCAUGCCUCGUCCUGGAGCCAUUAAAACUCACCUUCCUUUCAACCUUCAACCUUACUCUCCCCAAGCCAAGUAUAUCUAUGUGGCAAGAAAUCCCUUUGAUUGUUGUGUAUCUUUUUAUCAUCACACCAAGGAGUUUCCAUUCUAUCAGUUUUCGGAUGGGACAUUUGACGAAUAUUUUGAUAUUUUUAUCAAUGGCCAAACUGAUUAUGGAGAUUACUUCGACCAUCUUUUGUCUUGGUAUGAGCACCGAGAAGAUCCAAACGUAUUAUUUCUCGUCUACGAAAAAAUGAAGGCCGACACACAAGCUGCUGUUUUAAAAAUAGCUAAAUUUCUAAAUCAAGAGUACGAACAUAUGUUCCUUAAGGAUGAGAACCUAAUGGAGAGAAUUAUUCGCCAUACUAGUGUCGAGAACAUGAAGAAAUCUACUAAUGAGCAUUUUGGAAGUUUCUUUGGGUUAAGUCCAAACGAUGAUCAGUUAAAAGAUCCAGAGCUUCCUGAAGGAUUGAAACACAUUCUAGAAUUUAUGAAAAACAUUGAAUUUACUCCAAAACCAGAAAUCAAAAUAGUAAGAAAGGGGAUUGUCGGCGAUUGGAAAGGACAUUUUUCCUUACCACAAUCAAAUCGACUCAUGGCAAAGUUUCGCCAAAAAAUUCAAGGAACUGAUAUUGACAAGUUGUGGCCAGAGUUUUUUGUUGCGAAAGAUUAACUAAAAAUUCAGAUUUGACGAUAUAUUUUACGAAAUGAAGAGCAAAAUUAAGUCGUAUUAAGUAAAUUUAGGUUAGAAUAAAAAGUAAUAUUUGGAAGCUUAACUUUCUUGUCUAUUUUUCACCUAUUGUUUGUGAUUUUUCUUUUGUAACAGUAAAAACUUUGA